CCUGCCUCUCCGGCCCAUUAAAGGCCCGAAACAGAAAAGCCGAGGGUAAAUGUCGGCGGCGAGAAAGCUCCUCCUCCUUCCCCUGCUCGCCGCCGGCCGCAGAUCCGUCCGCCCCUCGCAGCCUCUUCUCUUCCGGCGCUCCUACUCUGCCGACAAGGCCGGAGAAAGCGCCAAUCGCGGAAAGAGGUCGCCGGUACGGAGGGUCCUGUCGAUUGGUGUCAUCAGCCUCGCUGGUGGAGUCGCCCUCAGUGCCCUCAACGACCUCGCCAUCUUCCAUGGAUGCACCAGGAAGGCCAUUGAGAAGGCUACUGACAACCGAGUGGUUGUAGAAGCAAUUGGGGUGCCUAUAGUUAGAGGACCAUGGUAUGAUGCAUCUGUUGCUGUCGGUCAGCGACGGAGAUCUGUGUUAUGCACAUUUCCCGUAUCUGGGCCACAGGGGUCGGGGCUAUUUCAUGUUGAGGCCAUCAGAAAUGGAGAGGAUGGUAUGCUCUCAUUUUUGCGGCACCAUGAUUGGGAGAUACUUGUCAUGGAUGCUCAUCUAGAAGCACCUUCGGAUGAUGGCAAUCAGAAAACUAUUAUUGUAAACCUUACGAGCAGUGCUGAUCGUCUAUGAUGGGACUGGUGGGGAAUAUGAAGGACUAAAGAGCUAGUUAAGCUAUUGUCAAGAAAAAAAAGUGCUAGUUAGUUAGGCUAGCAUCACUUGGGAAAGAAGAAGAAUUUUGAGUAAGGUUUGGUUUGGUGUGUAGAAAUGAGUCAAGAGGCAGAUUCAUCAGUCAUGCUGCGCUGCGCCUAUAUAUAAUUGUGGUUUGUUGCAAGUUAAUUGUCUAUUCAUAGGCGCAACGUGCAUCUGCAGAUAAACUGUAUAAUCUUUGAAACAUGGGGAGUUCUAAAAUUAGGAGCAUUAUGUGGGUUGGUUGUACCUGCAUUUGCAGCCA